GUGUCAGUUGUCAAGACAAUGACAUGUUACGCUGGGUUUCAGACAGCGUCGACUGUUGCUAAUUUCUAAGUUUAUACAUUUGGAAAACACAUAAUACUGUCCAAUACGGAGAGUAACUAAGGUUCAUGAAAUUAAAAACUCUCCAACUUUAAAUUAAAAUGGAUUUUCAAAAUCGCCCCGGCGGUAAAACUGGUGGUGGAGGAGUAGCGUCAUGGUCUGAAAGUAAUCGAGACCGACGCGAAAGACUUCGUCAACUGGCGUUGGAAACCAUUGAUUUGAAUAAAGAUCCCUAUUUUAUGAAAAAUCAUUUAGGGUCAUAUGAAUGCAAGCUUUGUUUAACUCUUCACAACAAUGAAGGAAGUUAUUUAGCUCAUACUCAGGGUAAGAAACAUCAAGCCAAUUUAGCACGUAGAGCUGCAAAAGAAGCUAAAGAGGCCCCGCAGCAACUAGCCCCUGAGAAGCCUAGGAUUGAACCUAAGAAAUUUGUCAAGAUUGGAAGGCCUGGUUACAGAGUAACAAAACAGAAAGACCCUGAAAAUGGCCAACAAAGUCUACUAUUUCAAGUUGAUUAUCCUGAAAUUGCUGAAGGAGUACAACCAAGACAUCGCUUCAUGUCUGCCUAUGAGCAAAAGAUAGAACCUCCAGACCGCAGAUGGCAAUACUUGUUGUUUGCUGCUGAGCCAUAUGAGACAAUUGCAUUCAAGGUCCCAAGCAGAGAAGUGGAGAAACAUGACUCCAAAUUCUGGACUCACUGGAAUAAAGACACUAAGCAGUUCUUCCUACAGUUUGCAUUUAAAAUGGAACCAUUACGUAUGCCACCACCUCCUCCCAAGAUGUGGGAGAAUCAUGGAAUGCGUCUGCCGCCUCCUCCUGGGGCUCCAUUAAUGGGAGUACCUCCUCCUCCACCCUUAUUACCUGUACCCCCACCACCACCUUCAAUGUAAAUAAAUAUUAAUUAGAAUGUUAAGUAAUAAAUAUAUUUUAAAAAUA